AUUUGUCCAGCAGUUCCCAUGACAAUCAGAAGCAUUAAUCAUGGAAGCUGACUACUUGAAGGCAACUGUGGGUAGCUGCUUAGCCGAGGGUCUGGCGGAGGUAGCGUCUAAACGACCCUCUGAUCCGAUUGAAUAUCUUGGCCUCUGGCUGCUCAAACAGAAGCAGAAUAUUGUCUAUAGGGAGGAAGUUGAGAAAGCCGAAGCCAAUAAAACCUCAUCACCUGCAGUCAUAAAUCUCACUGAAGAGUCCCCUCAAAAGCCCAUGAUUGAUGAGCAUGAUGCACAAGGCAGUGGUGAGCAUGAGGCCGAGGGGCAAGAUGUUGUGCAAUUAAUACCAGCUGAGAUUGAAAAGCCUCCUUCCACACUGGAUGUUAUUGAGGAGGAGGCAGAUGAACCGUCUAGUUCUGAGGCCCCAGCAGAGACCAAAGAGACAGUCACAGUCGAGGACACUAAUGAAACAGAGGAAGAUACAGUAAAGCAACCACCUACACCUACACAAGAAGAACAAACUGCUAGUUAGCUAGCUAGCUAGCUGAUGAUUGCUAUGUUAAUUGAGUGUGGUUGUCAGCUGUUAGCUUGGUGAUCUUUUCCUAACUAA